UUUUAAUGUACAUACUAUGAGUCUAUGAUGCAACAAAUUUGAUUUUGUUUCCUAGAAAGGGGAAUUAAAUAAUUUUAAUUAACGUCUUUAAAGCAAAUUCUAUAAAGAAAAAGUUCCACAAGAAGAAAAACACAAGCAACAGGCUGCUUAAUAAGAACAAGAACACUGAUAUACUCGCAGCUGGUAAUCUUCAUCUUCAUCCUCCAUCCCUAACAAAUUCGAGUUUUCAUUUUUAUGCCAUAGCCGAUAUAAGACUAAAAGCCCACGUAUUUAUUCAGUUAUUUACUUAGUUAUAUAUAUACUUUUUUUUUUCUUCUAAAAGUCGAGCGAAUCUUGUGCAUAUAGAGAAAAAGGGGAUAUGGUGUUUAGGAGAGGCGCGCAGUGUGAUCUGUUGCUCAUGGGAAGAGAUAAAAUUCCAGUAGUUUUUGGGGUUUUGUUGCUAUUGUUCUCUGUGGGAGAAAAUAAUCGGGUGAGCGCGUCGAUCCAUGAGUACAAGAACGAAGCUUUCACCCGUCGUUUCAAUUCCUACUUCUUCCAUGGCGGCAGCGAGGGGCUCUACGCGUCCAAUAUCAUUGACCCGCCCAAAACACCUGCUAACGAUGAUAGCAACAAACCCCUCAAUGGGAAAUCGUUCAUUAGGGUUCUGUUUGUUGGUUUGUUGGGUGAUUAUUUGGGUGUGCAGUGUGCUUGGGUUUUUGGUUUGGUGUUUUCUAUGAAUGUUUCAUAUACUGAUUCCAAUUUUCUAUUAUUGUUGAAGAAUGUUCAUUUCUUUUGGCUUUUCCGAGUUGUGGCUUUAUUUGAAUCAAUCACAUUUAGAAGGCCAAAGGAGGUAGCCAGCAAGCAAAACGCCAUGCAACAAAGUACUGGAGUUGUUGAGGCCAUAAUCGUCGAGAUCAAAGAUAGUGACAAAAUCGGUAAAGCUUUCCAAAACUCCAACGCCAUAUGUUGCGACCCUUCCCUCGCCAAAGACGGAUUUUGCAAAGUCGGUGAAGUUAUCAUCCAUCAAGAUCCCGAAAACCCGGAAUGGCCGAAAAGGCUACAAACAUCGUUCGAGGGCAACAAUGAGGAGGCUAGCAUGGUGCUCCAAACAGUCGAGAUAAACAAAACUGGCAUGUACUAUCUUUAUUUCAUGGUCUGUGAUCCUGAACUAAAGGGCACUUUAAUUAGUGGCCGAACAGUCUGGAGAAAUCCUGCUGGUUAUUUACCGGGCAAAAUGGCACCACUAAUGACGUUUUACGGGUUCAUGUCCUUAGCUUACCUUGUUCUUGGCCUGUUAUGGUUUGUGAGGUUUGUUCAACACUGGAAGGAUAUAAUAUAUCUGCAUUAUCAAAUAACAGCUGUUAUUGGGCUAGGGAUGUGCGAGAUGGCUUUUUGGUACUAUGAGUAUGCCAAUUUUAAUGCGACUGGAAGUAGGCCAAUCGGGAUUACACUUUGGGCAGUUACUUUUACUGCAAUCAAGAAAACUGUGUCGAGACUUCUUCUGCUUGUGGUUUCAAUGGGUUAUGGUGUGAUGAGGCCGACAUUGGGGGGCAUAACCUCGAAAGUGAUUCUUCUUGGCGUGGUGUAUUUUUGGGCAUCAGAAGCCCUUGAGCUAGUCGAGCAUUUGGGGAAUAUAAAUGAUUUUUCAGGGAAAGCUAGGCUCUUUUUGGUUCUACCGGUGGCACUUUUGGAUGCAUGUUUUAUCAUGUGGAUCUUUUCAUCGUUAUCCAAAACACUGGAGAAGCUUCAGGCAAUUGUAAUUGAUAAAAAGAUGCAUCUGGUGAAACUAGGAAAACUUCUAAAAAACGAGUCAAUGUUUAAAUGCAGGUAUGCGUAUGAGACUGGUGAUGAUGAUGAAGAGGGUUUAUCACUAACAGGAGCAAGCAUUAUAGUGGCUGGCGACUUGAAAGAAAGGAAAGUUUCCAUUGCAUCUGAUCAUGUGUUUGGGCUAGUCGAGGAUUUGGAGGAGGACAAAAGGGAAUAA